AUGGUAGACAACAUACGAAUCGCCCCCUUGUCCUGUAGUUCCAGUCCAAGUAAUCAUGGCUGCCGUCUUCAUCUGCACGCGCGAGGCGUGCCCACUCUCCUCGCCCUUUGUCUUCUGCUGGCCUUCUGCGUCAGCUCGGCGCUCGCAAGCCCGCUCGGCGCUGCCCAGAGCAGCAGCCAUGGUGUCUUAAGCUCCCCGUCAAACCGUCUGGGCACUCUCGGCCAGUUGUCCAGCUACUAUAACGGGUUGAGCGAUUCGGCUCAUGCACUCGUAAAGAGAGCAACUGGGCAUGAUGGAUGUGAGUGUAACCGCUCCUCUCGAGAGCAGGCCGCAGUGCCCUCUCAAUAUAGCUCUGACAUUUCUCGUGUCUUCACAGUUUUCAUCGCCUCGGCCGUUCUUAUCCCCGUGCUCGUCCUUCUCUCCGGAGUAUUUGCAGGAUUAACCCUGGGUUACAUGUCCCUGGAUGAGACACAACUAAAGGUUCUUGCCGUCUCGGGCACUCCUAAGCAGCAGGAGUAUGCCAAGCGCAUCCAACCAAUCCGUGCGAAUGGACAUCUGCUUUUGAUCACACUGCUUAUCGCCAACAUGAUCGUGAACGAGACAUUGCCUGUCCUCUCAACCGAAGCGCUAGGAGGCGGCAUACAAGCAGUCGUGGUCUCGACUGUUUUGAUCGUCAUAUUUUCCGAGAUCAUUCCGCAGUCUGUCUGCUCCCGCUAUGGCCUCGUCAUUGGAGCUGUGAUGGCACCCUAUGUUCGCGUGCUCAUUUGGGCUCUGUUCAUUGUCGCAUGGCCGGUGGCCAAGGUGCUCGAGUUUGUCCUUGGACCGCACCACGGUAUCAUCUACCGCAGGAGUGAACUCAAGGAACUCAUCAACAUGCAUGCUGCUGCUGAACACAUGGGCGGUGAUCUCAAAGGGGAUACCGUCACAAUUGUCGGCGGUGCUUUGGAUUUGCAGGAAAAGGUGGCCGCUGAUGCCAUGACUCCUAUCAGCAAGACGUUCAUGCUUGAUAUUGAUACUAAGCUGGACUACGAGACCCUUGCGACCAUUGUGCAUUCGGGUCAUUCUCGUGUUCCGGUUUUCCACCAGAUCCAGGUUGGCGAUAAGAAAGUCACCAAGAUCAUUGGUGUCCUCCUCGUCAAGCAGUGUGUUCUCCUAGACCCGGAAGAUGCCACCCCGCUUCGCGAAAUUCCACUCAACGCCGUUCCGUCUGUGCCAUUCGACGAACCCCUGCAAGGCAUAUUGAACCGCUUCCAGGAGGGCAGGUCUCACAUGGCCAUCGUUUCCCGUAUC